UAUGCCAUACUGUAAAAACAAACCUCCACAUCUAUUACCUGUAAUUCAUCGCUUGGGAGAUACUUGGACAUAAUUUGCCAAAGUAGGUGGAAACGGUCGUUUGUAAUCGCAUUCGUUGUUGUCAUUUCAACACGUCCUGUUGGAUUUCCCAUUGAUAAAGUUAGUAUUUAGUGUGUUAGCCAUCAAGCUAACAAGCGACUGCUCUUGGGACUGGUAGAGCUCUAAACUACUGUUGGAAUUUUGACAGCAAACAUGGAUGGUCCGCAUGUUGCGCCAAAGAGUAGUAAGUCUUGCUAUUAAACUCAGUAUUCAUGAACCGUUGUCAUACCAAGUGAGUGGUUUUAGUAAGGAUAUUCACUGAAACAUGGGUGGAAAGAAAAAGAAGUCGAAUGCUCCUCCAGCUGUUCCUGCAGCUUCAGUGAACAGAGCUCCUGCGGCAGCAAACGGAGCUGCUGCUGACCCAUCCACAGCAAAGAAACAAUCUCAACCAAGAGCUAACAAUGCGAAGACAACUUCAAAUGAGAACAAAACUAAAGCACCAAAGACGUAUUGUCUUACAAGUAGCCAAGUUGACAGCGGAGUGGCUUCUGACAAGUCCGUUCUCAAGGUUGUCAUCCAGCCAGACCUAGAGAAGAAAGUUAUCAAACUGAUAAACGACUACCGGCAAGAGUAUGGAGACAAGGGUCAAAUUUCUGGACGAAUCACUACCAAGAAACUUCUGGAUUUGUACACAGCGUUGCAGAAGUUCCGUUUUAAGACGGAGCACAUUGAGGAGGCCAUGAAGGGCAGUAUGCUGUAUGGAGGAGAUCUUCACUCGGCACUCGACUGGCUGUGCCUUAACCUCAAAGAUGAGGAGCUGCCCGAGGGCUUUAGCCAGAAGAUGCACGAGGAAGACAACAAAACCAAACCCAAGUUCCAGCCCGCCAGAGAAGACACCAGGCAGCAAGCUAUCCAAGCCGAGGCCAGCAAGAAAGCGGAGCAGCAAAAGGAGAAGGUUGUGGUUAAAGACGGCAAGGCAGACCUGAAGGAUUGGAUCCUGCGAUAUGCUGAGCAGUCCAGUGAAGAGAGUGAGGAAGAGGAGGACGAGAAGAAGGAUGGUCCUAAAUACAACCCCGAGUUGAAUGAGAAGUUUGAUCCUAAUGACCGCUACCUGGUUCUCACGGCUCAGUUGUUUGACGCUAAAGAAAUGGCUUCUGCGGCCAAAGCCAAGAAGGACAAAGCAGGACAAAGGACUGCCCAGGACAGAAUCAGGGUCAUUCAACAAGAAAUGAAACCCUUGGAAGCCCACCCCAUGUUCAAUCCAGCCAUUAAGGUGGUGGACACACCUAAAGAAGAGAAGAAGAAGCCGGCUCCUGUCACAGAAGGCAAAGAGGAGCUGCCCUUUAACCUCUUUGAGCAAGCAGAGAAGCAGGCUGCUGCAGAGAAACCCCCUGCCCCAGAGAAGACGGCGAAGAAGAAUGAACCAAAAGAUAUCCGCAACUUUGAUUACACAGCACGCAGUUGGACUGGAAAGUCUCCAAAGCAAUUCUUGAUCGACUGGGUGCGGAAAAAUCUUCCCAAGAGUCCACCACCAACCUUUGAGAAAGUUCCAGCUGGCAGAUAUUGGAAAUGUCGUGUGCGUGUCCAGAGACCAGAUGAUGUGCUGCAGGUUUGUCCCACUAUCCUUACUGAGGACGGCAUGCAAGCCCAGCACCUUGGAGCCACCUUGGCCCUCUACACCUUGGUCAAAGGACAGUCGGUGCACCAGCUACUGCCCCCCACCUACCGCGAGGUGUGGCUGGAGUGGCGCGACAGCGAGCAGCAGCAGCAGGAGGAGAGCCGCACCGCCGCCAACAAGCCCCGAGACCAGUUCAUCGCCCGCCUGCUCACCCGCCUCAAGGCCCAGCACAAGCAGCACGACGACCAGGAGACACCCCCAUCGUCAUUAUCAUCCAGGAGCCCAGACCAGCGCACCCAGGCUGGGGGAGACGAGCCAGAGGACUCCUGGGAGAGCCUAGCUGGUGAUGGUGAUGAAGAUGGAGACGGAGCCGGUCAUCAGGGAGCGUUGAGGAGGGGAGGUAGCUACGAUGAGGAGAGGGACGAUGACGCGGCAGGCAGGGCCUUGUACCAGCGUCUGCAGGCCACUCCACUGGCACAGAGGCUGCUGGAGGAUCGCCAACAGCUGCCAGUGUACCAGCAGAGGGAGAAGGUGCUCGAGGCGGUGGCCAGGCACCGGGUGCUGGUGGUGGCAGGUGAGACGGGCAGUGGCAAGAGCACGCAGGUGCCCCAGUUCAUCCUGCAGGAGGCGCUGUCAGGCCAGAGAGGAGGAGGAGGAGGAGGAAGGAGGUGUAAUGUGGUGGUGACGCAGCCCAGGAGGAUCUCUGCUAUGAGCCUGGCCAGCCGCGUCAACCAGGAGCUGGGAAGUGACGACGGGCCCGGUGGACGGUCGUCGCUGUGUGGUUAUCAGAUCCGCAUGGAGAACCGCUCAGGAGAGAGUACGCGCCUGCUGUACUGCACCACUGGGGUCCUCCUGAGGAAGCUGCAACAGGACCGCCUGCUCAGCUCCGUCACGCACAUCAUCGUGGACGAGGUCCAUGAGCGUAGUGUCCAGUCGGACUUCCUGCUGACCAUCCUGAAGGACCUGGUCCUGAAGCGUUCGGACCUGCGUCUGAUCCUCAUGAGUGCCACGGUGGACUGUGACAAGUUCGCCAGCUACUUCAACCGCUGCCCUGUCAUCACCAUCCCCGGCAGGACCUUCCCUGUUGAGGUGUUCCACCUGGAGGACAUCGUGGAGGAGACGGGCUACCUGCUGGAGCAGGACUCGGAGUACUGCCAGAGGUUCCUGGAGGACGAGGACGAGGUGGUCAGCCUCAACGUCACCCAGAAGGGAGGGAAGACACAAGCACAUCAGGAGGUGAUCUCAAGGGACGGUGGCUCGGGCUGGACCCUGGGUCCCGAGCUGGACCACUUCAGCAGCCGAACGCGUCACGCCCUGCAGUACAUGAACCCACACAAGAUCAACAUGGACCUCAUGGUGGACCUGCUCGCCUACCUGGACAAGGCUCCACAGUUCAACGAGGUAGAUGGGGCAAUUCUAGUGUUCCUGCCAGGACUUGCUCAUAUCCAGCAGCUGUACGACCUCCUCUCUUCAGACAAGCGCUUCCGCGCCAAAGACAGGUAUCGGUUGGUGGCCCUCCACUCCACUCUCAAGGAUCAGGCAGCAGCGUUUACAGUGCCCCCCUCUGGCGUUAGGAAGAUCGUCUUGUCUACAAACAUCGCUGAGACGGGAGUCACCAUUCCAGAUGUGGUGUUCGUCAUCGACACCGGAAAAACAAAAGAGAACAAAUACCAUGAGAGCAGUCAGAUGAGCUCUCUGGUGGAGACCUUUGUGAGCAAGGCUAGCGCCCUCCAGAGGCAAGGGAGGGCAGGACGCGUUCGUAAAGGUUUCUGCUUCCGCCUCUACACCAAAUGCAGAUUUAACGGCUUUCUGGAGUAUUCCAUUCCGGAGAUACUGAGGGUGCCCCUGGAAGAACUUUGCCUUCAUAUUAUGAAGUGUGAGUACGGCUCCCCUGAGGACUUCCUGUCGCGGGCUCUGGACGCCCCUCAGCAGCAGUCUAUCUGCAACGCGGUGACCCUGCUGAGGAAGAUCGGCGCCUGCCACCCGGAGCAGCACACCCUCACCCCGCUGGGCCACCACCUGGCAGCCCUGCCCGUCAACGUCAAGAUCGGCAAGAUGCUCAUCUUUGGCGGCAUCCUGGGCUGCCUCGAGCCCAUUGCCACUAUAGCAGCAGCAAUUACAGAGAAAUCUCCAUUUGCCACUCCGAUGGGCAGGAAGGACGAGGCUAACCUGGCCAAAGCAGCGCUAGCGGUGGCUAACUCUGAUCACCUCACCAUGUACAAGGCAUACCUGGGAUGGAAACAAGCGUGCAGUGAAGGAACCCGAACGGCCAUGUCCUACUGCAGAAAGAACUUCCUGAACCACACCGCCCUUGUAACCAUUGAGGACGUGAAACAGGAACUGAUGCGCAUGGUGGAGCAGGCCGGCUUCUCCUCCUCCAAGUCUCGCGGUGGUGGGCGUCCUCAGGACAAGUCCGAGGGGCCCCUGUCCAGGAGGGAGGUGUCUCUGCUGAACGCGGUGCUGACGGCCGGCCUGUACGACAGCGUGGGCCGUAUCCUGUACACGCCCUCCGUCGACCUGGAGGACCGGGCCAAAUGCCAGGCGGAGACGCCGCAGGGCAAAGCCACCGUGCACCCCUCCUCCGUCAACCGCAACCUGCAGACACACGGCUGGCUCCUCUACCAGGAGAAGGUCAAGUACACCAAGGUGUUUCUCCGGGACACCACCCUCAUCUCCCCCUUCCCCAUGCUACUGUUCGGAGGGGACAUCACUGUCCAGCACCGCGAGAGACUCGUCUCAGUGGACGGCUGGAUACACUUCCAGGCCCCGGUGAGAAUUGGUGUCAUCUUCAAGCACUUGCGUUGCCUCAUCGACUCCCUACUGGAGAAGAAACUGCAAAACCCCAAGAUGAAUCUGGAAGAUGAGAAGACGAUACACAUGAUUACAGACCUGAUCAAGAGUGAGCACAUGACAUGAUCCAGAAAUGAUGCCAGUCAAAGCCUUCACCUCAUAUGAGUAAAUCCUUACAUACAGUAUGACUGACUGAUCAGUGGAUUGGAUCAUUGUAUUAUUGACUGAUGCCAUUUUAGAUUAUCUGACAUUAUGGAUUGUUAAAUUGUAUGGUGUGGCAGACCUCAGGAGGUCUGUGUGGGAGAAAUGACUGUGUCAUGAUGAUUUAUUAUCUACAGAAAGACAAUGUCUCACCAGCUACGUAGGCCUUGUUUUCUUGUUUUGUUUUACUCCUCUGCCAAAUGGGAAUAAAACAAUUUUAACAAUUCAA